AUGGAAGAGACAAAAUCAAGAUUCAGGAGGAUCUGUGUCUUCUGCGGAAGCAGUUCCGGUAACAAAACUACUUAUCACGACGCUGCUCUCCAACUCGCCCACCAGCUGGUGGAGAGAAACAUCGAUUUGGUGUAUGGAGGAGGAAGCGUGGGGCUAAUGGGUCUCAUUUCUCAGGCUGUUCAUGAUGGUGGUCGUCAUGUUCUUGGGAUCAUUCCCAAGUCCCUAGCACCAAGAGAGAUAACUGGUGAAUCAAUAGGAGAAGUUAUAACUGUAUCGACUAUGCACCAAAGGAAGGCUGAAAUGGGUCGCCAAGCCGAUGCCUUCAUAGCACUUCCUGGGGGAUAUGGGACAUUUGAGGAGCUGUUGGAAGUCAUCACCUGGUCUCAACUUGGGAUCCACAAUAAACCGGUGGGACUAUUGAACGUGGAUGGAUUCUACGAUUCACUAUUGACGUUUAUAGAUAAGGCAGUAGACGAAGGCUUCGUCUCAUCCACUGCCCGUCGCAUCAUCGUCUCGGCUCCGAACGCUCAUCAAUUACUUCAACUUCUUGAGGAGUAUGUUCCAAAACACGACGAUUUUGUGUCCAAAAUGGUGUGGGACGAUAUUACCGACACUUUCACUUCGGAAAGCGACGACUCUUAGGUUGUCCAUUCAUAUUUUAGUCUACUGAAAUUU